AUGAAUAUUCAAUCAAGCCUGCGGCUUGUUCUGUCGUUUCUCCUAUGUUCAGGCUCGACUCCUGUCCAUUGCGAUAUUUCAAGUGCGGGCCACUACUCCCAAACGGUGGUAAAUUCCGCUCUGGAUUUAUACAUAGGCGCCGACAACAUCAGCAGUACCACCAACAGACAUAGUGAAACAACAGCGACUGUGACUCCUGACAGUACUAAAGUUGAUUUCGAGAGAGCGGCCAUUGUGCCCGCACAUAUAUAUCCUUAUUUGUUGCUGUCGCUGUGGGUAACAUGCAUAACCUGCAUCGUCUGUUGCUGCUUAUACUGCAAGUGCCAGCAGGCGGAGAGUAUGACAGCGUACAACUCAAAUGGCUUUGAGCUUCGGGAAGUGCAUAUCCAGAAUCAUCCUUUGCCGCACGUCCAGGGAUGCGUUUGCCUGGGCUGUUUGCAGCGAAAUGCAGCUGAAACGCGAGCACUAAACACACUUUCCGAGACUUAAGCAACAAACAUAUAAGUGUAUAUUCAAGAUUUGGCCAGAGCUUUACAUGUAUAUAAUACAUA